AUAGCUUCUACUGGGAACGCUCACCAAUGGUGUUUGAGUACUAACUAACAUAACAUAGUAGAAAAUGAGUUUGAUUUCGCAGUUAACUUCCCAUUACUUCUACUCCAAACUUGAUUAUUAUCAUCACUCGCCGAGCUGUGCUCCUUCAGUUCAACGUCUUCGUACGGAAGUCUGUUCUCUGCCACGCCGCUACUCCGCCAAAGCGAAACCAAAGAUUAGGGUUCGCUCGGAAUUCGAUGCUAAAAUCAAUGGACUUCUCCCCUCUGAUUCCGACCCUCGUUUCAUUGACCGGCAAAAAGCACUGGAAGCAGCAAUGAAUGAUAUAAACAGCUCCUUUGGCAAAGGAAGUGUUACACGACUGGGAAGCGCUGGUGGAGCUCUAGUUGAGACUUUUCCAAGUGGCAUUCUGACUUUGGACUUUGCUUUAGGUGGUGGCAUUCCCAAAGGGAGAAUUGUUGAGAUAUAUGGGCCAGAAAGUAGUGGAAAGACCACCCUAGCGCUCCAUGCUAUUGCAGAAGUGCAGAAACUAGGAGGAAAUGCUAUGCUUGUUGAUGCUGAGCAUGCAUUUGAUCCAGCAUACUCAAAAGCUCUGGGAGUCGAUGUUGAGAAUUUGAUUGUCUGCCAACCUGAUAAUGGGGAGAUGGCUCUUGAAAUUGCGGAUCGCAUGUGUAGAUCAGGUGCUGUGGAUCUUAUAUGCAUAGAUUCAGUCUCAGCUCUCACUCCACGUGCUGAAAUUGAAGGAGAAAUCGGAAUGCAGCAAAUGGGUUUGCAAGCACGGCUUAUGAGUCAAGCUUUACGUAAAAUGUCAGGCAAUGCUUCCAAAGCUGGAUGUACGCUUAUAUUUCUAAAUCAAAUACGGUACAAGAUAGGCGUCUACUAUGGAAACCCUGAAGUCACUAGUGGAGGAAUUGCAUUGAAGUUUUUUGCAUCAGUCCGACUUGAAAUCCGUCCUAUUGGGAAGAUAAAGUCUGCCAAAGGAGAUGAAGAAGUCGGAUUGAGGGUGCGUGUAAGAGUUCAAAAGAGUAAGGUGUCAAGGCCAUACAAGCAAGCAGAGUUUGAAAUUACUUUUGGAGAGGGAGUGAACAAGCUGGGUUGCAUACUGGAUUGUGCUGAUGUGAUGGAUAUUGUGUCAAAGAAGGGUUCGUGGUAUAGUUAUGGUGAGCAUAGGUUGGGACAGGGUAGAGACAAGACAUUGCAGUACUUGAGAGAAAACCCACUUCUUUCUGAGGAAAUAGAGAAGAUUGUUCGAUCAUCAGUGGUAGAAGGAUCUGGGCAAGUAGGCUCUUCUUUCCUGAAGCACUCGCUGCCACUGCAUCAAGAUGAAGAUAUAUUUGAAGAGAUGCAGUGAAAAGAAUGAAAUGUUCUGGUUUGGCUGGUCCGAGGUUGUGACUGAUGGAGUGAGCAUCCAGAGCAAGUAGGAGAUAAAAAUCUUCAGACAAGAAUGUGCUUUAGUCAAAACGAGUUGACAUUGAAAAAGAAAUUCACUUCAGCAUUUUGUUCAGGGUAGGCUUUUUGUGUACUAACUAAAUUGGCAGGGAGGGAGAAGAAGAUGGAGGUGGAAAGGGGAUUGAUUGCUUUGAGAUGGUUUUCUUGUCUUGAUGAUCUGAACAAAUUAUGGGUCUAUUUUGUAGAAGAAAGCAAAUCAUUGUAUGAUCUGAUCUUUGCAACAUUCAAAUCUGUUGUAAUCCAAAGCAUUUGAGUUUUAUAAUGUCAUGUGAUAUUUUAAAUUGUAA